UGUUCUCGGUUAUCUGUCACACCCAAUGCAGUGGAAGUUAGAAAAGUGUCAGAAUCGAACAAAUUGCCAUCUUGAAGCUGAACGCUUUUGUAGAGUUUCGUGAACGACAGAACAACGAGACCUGGGAAAACCCAACACUACAGUCAGAAUUAAUUGUGGAGUAGCGUCAAAUAUCCACAAAAAUCAACUGCGGAAGUUUAGUGUAAAGCUGUGGAAAUGGCAGAUUUUAGCAAAAGUUCAGACCAAGAAGAUGACGUUGGAGCGGUUGGUGGCAAGGACCCCGUAGACGAGAGAAUUAAUGAGCAAGCAGCGUUUGUCCUACGUGAAUACAUUGUGCAGGCAGCCCAUGUAGGUGACCCACAAGUCCUGUUGAGCCAAGAGGAUUUGGGUGGGAGUCAAAGUGAAGGCCGGGACCCUGAAGUGAAGGAGAUUGUCAGAAAUUUAAUUCAAAUAGGAGACGAGCUGAACAGGAAUGCUGAACUUCAGUACCUGAUUGAUCACAUCCAGCUCGACUCAGAAGAUUUAUUCUAUGUUGUGGCCGAGAGGAUUUUCAAAAAUGGUAUUAAUUGGGGAAGAGUCGUUGCCCUUUUUCAUUUUGCUUACAAACUUAUAUACAGGGCAGUAUCUACAAACUGCAGGGACGUAGUAAAGAAAAUCAUGGGCUGGGCAUUGAAUUUCUUCAGGAGGCAUGUAUCACAGUGGAUCAGAGAGCAAGGAGGAUGGGAAACGGUCAAGUACUAUUUCCAUAAUCUUAGAUGGCACAAUGUGGCAAUAUUUGUAGCUGGGGUUCUCACGGGUGCCUUGGCUUACUGGAAGAUGCAUAAAUGAAAUACAGUUCUGUUUAUAAAGUGGAACAUGUAUAAGCCUCUCCUUGUGUCACUGACUGUAUUGCACUCCAGUUAUCCAAGGCAGUAAAAUCAUGUAAAUGUGGCUCAGUGUUAUCCAAGUAGCGUCUCAGAUUUCUACUAAAGAUCAAGUUAAUUAAUGAGUUUUGAGAUAAAGGUGUAUAAUUUUACAUAUAUCAUUUUAAUACACACACACACAGUGCUGUGUAAGAGUCAUAGACAUGUUGCAUUGUUCUGCAAGUACAGAGAAACAUUA